UGUUGAGGACCCUGUCGCAGCUUUUCUUUUCCCCUCAAUUUCAACACGCGUGGAUCCAAGUCAACUUAAUAUGACAAAAUGUCUAUAAAUGAAGUGUACGUUUUCCGACCGUUCAAGUUGAUUGCUUUACUUUGUGUAUUUCUGGCAUUGUGUCUGGACAUCGUAGCGUUAUUGAGCCCCGCCUGGGUAACGGCAGAGCGUUUUUCUUUGUCGCUAUGGGAAUCAUGUACUGAAACAGAGGCUGGCUGGAGAUGCCUUUCCACCCUCACAUCUGACUGGCAGAUCGCCACUCUGGUGCUGCUGCUGGCCGGGGCUGCGGUGACUCUGGUGACCUUCCUGGUGACCCUCAUCUCCCUGUGCCGGGGGACACACAGACGGCACUACCGCAUGGUGGCCGUGUUCCUGUUUACUGCAGUGGUCCUUCAGGCCUGUGCACUGGUCCUCUACCCAAUCAAGUUUAUUGAUGGAACUGUCCUCCAGACCUACCAUGAGUUCAACUGGGGCUACGGACUGGGCUGGGGAGGCACCAUCUUCAUGCUAGGGGGAGGCAUCCUCUUCUGCCUCCGGACGGACAUGUACGAGGACGCUAUGUACUGAGUCCUCUCUCUCUCUCCUACUCUCUAUAUCUCUCUCUUGCUCUUUCUGUCACACACACAAACAAAUAUUGCCAUUCACUCUCUUGUGCGACAACACACCCACACAAACACAUCCUUCCUCUGCCCACAUAGACAAGCUUCGACACCUACAUACAGUACAUCUCUGUUAUUUAUAGACAGCGUGUGAGGGCUCCUGGCUCUGGCUGAUCAGCAGGAGAGAUGAAGUCGGAGGAGCAGCUGUGUGGAGAGAAUGUCUGCCUGUGUCCAGUGGGGUGCCAGAGACCCUCACCACGGUCAGACAGACAGACAGCCAUGAUGUUAAAUCACAGAAAUGGUUUUGGACAGACGGGCCACUCGACCUAUGAACUUUUCUACAGCACAUCCCAUGAAUCUCCAUUCGUAGAGCAACAAGGAAGUAGAUUCUCUGAGCCCUACCCUCUGAGCUGAGGUGUUUAUAUAAGGGAUUGUCACAGUAUAUGGGCCAUCCCACCAAUUCGGUGGCUUUUGAAAAAAAUAUGUUUUGAUUUAACAUUUUAACAUUCUGUCAUAAAGAGCAAAUGUUCAACUUAAUAAAAGUUUUCCCAUCUCAAAAUAAAUAUAAAAGACAAUAAAAAGUCCCUAUUAGGUGCCAAAUAAAGUAACAGGGUUGACAAUUUAAUCUUAAAUCAGCCAUGAAUCCUGUUUUGACUUGGAAGCUUGUUGUUUCCAACAGGGAGUGGCAAUUGAAUGCAAGCUUCACCAAAAAUGUUUAAUUGUUUAAACAUUUCUAGUAUGUCUAUCUAUGGGUAACAGGGUUGAUGUGUUGUGCUCGAGCCCCUCACUUUCCACGACAGACACCAGAAAAUGGCCAAUAGGAGUAGAGCCUUCAAAAUGAAGGCAUAGUUUCACCAUAUUAAAACGAGAGUUAAGAUAAUGUAACAGGGUUGACCUUAAAAUGAGGGGCAGAGGUAAAUGAUUCACUAAUCACAUUAAAUAAAUCAUUUUCAGAAAUGAUUUUGUCAAAGCAAUUUCAUAACUAGGGCUUUACAAUGAUGGUGAAAACUUACAGAAUUUUAGGGUUUAGUGGGUUAAAUAUUAAAAGUCACAGAGGGUGCAUGGAGGGACAUGUCAAAAUACAGAAUUUGGGCUCUUUAGCAAGUCUUUAUUCAUAUAAAAAUGUGAUUUAUAGAAUUCUCCAUGUGGUGUAUAUUAAUUUAAUAUAACAGUCUUUUAAAAUGUAAUAUCGGUGCACAAUGUUUACUUAAAAUAGCAAAUAGAUGCAAAAGGCACUCUUAGUGGAACGACCCAUAUAUUCCUUUUUUUUCUUUUGUGUAUUUUUAUGUGAUGACGACAAAUAAUAUUGUUAAUGUAUUGAUGGUAUCAUUUAUCUUGCUAUCUAUUCUCCCACAGGAAUAUAUAUAUUUUAUGUAUUGCUGUUUGAUAAUUGCAGUUUCUGAACACUGAGAACUUAAAAUGGGUGAAUCCCAAAACAUACCUGGUUUUCUAACUCCUCCUGACAUUUGUAGUGUAAAAUAAACAAUACUGAUAUAUAUGCAA